AGUCUAUUUACCGUUUAGAAUUUGCGUAUCGUGUGACAUAUAACGUUCCUUUAUAUUUUUUGUAUAUCUAUCUCCCUUCUCAGCUGUCUUCGCCGGUUAUUUUUAGGGUUAAAAUCUAAAAUAAAUUUGUGAAACCAGCAGUGAUACUUUGUUAGGGUUAUGAAACAAUAAGGGGCCCAUAUCUGUCGCUUAAAUAGCGCCAGACUAAAACUAAUGAUGUCGGGUGAUGUGCAGCCAAGAAAACGGAAGGAUAAGAGAAGAAAGAAAGAUGAGCUGGGAGUUGAGGAGCCGCGUGGGACGGCGGCAGUAUUCGGCGAUGGCGAUGUGUUGAUGCACUCUCAUCACGAACAUGGCACUGGUGGACACUGGUGUGCAAAAAUCAUCUUCUUCUCACUACUGUCUGUUCUUGUUACAUUAAUUGUCCUCAUAAUUCUCGAAAACAGAGGACUUACUGAAUUGGAAGCAAAUUCAGUAGAAUCCCGUUACUCUGGUGUCUUAGAUGGAUGGAUCGAGGAUACACCUGAUGAUGAUCAUCAUGACGAACAUACACUUGACCUAAAACACCAUGAUGAGGAAGAGAACGAACAAGAUGAUGACGACGAAGAAGUAGAGAGAAUAGAAAGAGAAGUUGUGGAUGAGGAAGAGAUAAUUUCAUCUGAAAAGCCUGAUGAUGUAGACAAUAAUGAAGAAGAUGAUGAUGAACAGAAAGAAGAAAUAAAUGAUGAAGAUGACACGCCUGAUGUUGAAGACAUCGAGCCGCCGAUUGUAGAACAAAUCCCAGUACCGUCGGGAAAACCCUUUGUGGAAUUGGAAGAUGAACCGUCCUCUGAGAAACCAACCGACACUUUAGCUGAAGAGGAGGAGUAUGAAAAACGACAAGAACAAAUUCGACUCGAAAAAGAAGAAUCUUCGUCACAGAUGUGGCUGAAGUUGGCGGUGGGGGGCGCGCUGCUGUUGGCCACACACGCUGUCUUACGACGCUCCGCAGCGCCCGGCGAUACGCCAGAAAGUGAGGAUAGUGAAACGAGAGAGGAAACUCCGACUAUAAUAGAUAGACGUAUGACGCUCCUUCCCAGAGAAACUGCACCCUUAUUGACCCCGGAAACUAACGAACCAGUAGAAGAAAUUAUCGAAACCCACGAAUCAAUUAAAACAGCAGUUCAAUCAGUUCCUAGACUUAAGCAAGAGAAUGACGAAAAAGAAGUAAAGGAAUUUGUUAAAAAGGAAAUUAUCAUAGAACAAGAAACAAAAGAUGUAGACAAAGAAUUGUAUAGUGAUGAAGAUGAGGAAAUCGAUGAGGAAGAAAUCAUUGAGAAGGAACCUUCGAAUGAUAAUGCCCUAGAGAAGGAGGCUGACGAUUCUGAGGCCGAAGAAGUUCCGGACGAUGUGGAAAUUAUCGACGAUGAACAAAUCGAGGAAGAAAUAGAAGAUGAAGAAGAUGAAGAGGAGAUUUCUGAUGUUGACGAUGGGGAGCUAUUGAGUCGUUUGGAAGCUAAAUACGGGCGGCUGCCGGAGCCGGAGCGGCCCGGACAGAGACGCAAGGAUGGUGGGAACAACGUAGAAAAUGAAUGGCCGGACGAGCCGAGCGACCCGUAUUGGCGUAAGCAACUAGACAUCGCUGAAGAUGAAAUCCGCCAGCGGGGGCUGGGGGCGCUGGGGGCGCUGGGCGCGGCGCGGGCGCGCGUGUCGCGGCCGGAGGUGGCGGGCAGCGCGCGCGCUCGCCACCUCGCCGCACUCGCUCUCGACACCGAGGCCGAGCUGCGCCAGAGCAACGAGCUGCUCUCCCGCGCUAUACAAGCGUACAUACAACUGGUCAGAACAACACGGCUACCUGACCCCUUACUGAUCGAAGUCGCUACUAAAACAUUGAAAAGGAUAACUUUUAGAGGAAAUUACUUAAGCGCCGAACCUGUCUACAGAAUUCUAAUCAACCGAUUUCCCAACGAAAUAUCUUAUAGAAACAACCUGACCAUCACCUUCCUAAUGGCCAAUAAACCAGAUUUAGCUGCUGAGGUACUAAAACAUACACUGAAAUUGUGGCCGAACGAUCGCGUAGCUCUUGCUCAUUAUGGAUUUGUUUUAAAAACUCAUUAUAACAAACUUGAAGAGUCUGUUAUUAUGUUCAGUAAAGCUUUGGAAAAUGACACAGGGCCUGCGUGUGAGCCACGAUUUUAUUAUCACUUGGGAGAUACCUUGCUAUUGCUCGGGCGCUUCAAAGAGGCACGCGAAGUUCACGAGCGCGGCGCAGCGCUCGGACACUUCCUAUCACCCGCGCAACGCUCCUUGUACAAUGUAGACAGAUUGAAAGGUCAACCAUGGUGGUCAAUCGAGGAAACUCCAUACAUACAAUUAGCAAACGCAUUAGAACGAUCCUGGAAAGAGAUAUUAAAAGAAGGAGAAGCGGCGCGCGCCUUAUAUGAGAAAGAGAAGGAGGGGCUAAAAGAGAAAGGGGAGUGGUCUCAGUUAGAGUUAUUUGUGAGAGGCAAAGAGAUACCGGGGCGUUGCAAACGAGCGCCGGUCACUUGCUCUAUUGUGAAAAUGGAGGCAGCCGCCGCCAGCUGCAGCAGGGGGCAGGUGAAGUUCAGCGUGAUGUCGGCCGGCACGCACGUGCGCCCGCACGUCGGCCCUACCAACUGCAGGCUGAGAAUGCAUUUAGGUUUGAGCAAUACCAAACAUACUUACAUACGAGUGGACCAGGAAAUAAGAGAAUGGCAACUCGGCAAGGUGUUGUUGUUCGACGACAGCUUCGAGCACGAGGUGUGGCACAACGGCACCGGCGCCCGCCUCGUGCUCAUCGUGGACGUGUGGCACCCGCACCUCGCCGCCGCCGAGCGCCGCCGCCUGCCCGCCAUAUGACGUCACUGCCUCACUGCCUCACUGCCACACUGACAUAACGCAAUACUAUACUACAAAACUCACUUUGAUGUACGAUGUCAGCAAUCACAGCAUGUUUCUGAAUAAUCCUUAUCUUAUUAUAAAGAUCAAUAAAUAAUUGACGUACGGGAAAGAACAAAAACGAACCAAUAGUAACAAAGAAGCAACAUUGACAUGGUAAUUGUUCGCGGACACCUUUGAUUAAACUAUCGCACAACUGUUUAUCGAUUCGAUUCCUAUGUGCUGGUACUGGAGUAUGGAGGUACACUACACGAUUUUUAAUUGUGCAACUAAAUAAUUGAAUUGGCAAUGAAACAAUCGCAUAACUGUUUUGUGAUAGUUUAGUCAAAGGUGUACGCACGCUCUAACUAAACCUUAACCAAAGGCAAAGGCCUGUGGUGUCAUUUGUGCAUUUGAACAAUAAAAGUUCUCACUCGGUUUCCACUCACCCUAAAGAAUUGCCCCAUUAAAGCGUGUUAGUUUAUGCCU